UUUCCACAUCACUACAACUUUAAGGAGAAGGACUAGGACAUUCCUACUCUGUUCUGCAGGAAAUCACAUGGAGGUGCUAUCGCUCACAUGACAUCUAAACUAUGGCAGGGGACAUCACUGAAGGAUCCGUCCCUGCAUACUAUCGUGAAGUGCAUCAAGCCAUCUGCUCCAGAACUGAUGAACGAGUGCCUAUCAGUGUAUUCCUGAGAGUUCUCAGCAGAACAACUCUUUCCAUCACCGUUCAAAACCAGAUAACCGAACAUAUAAACAAUAGUGAUGGAUUGCUAAGUAAAGUCUCGCUGUAUAAAGGCUUGGCUCUCAUUGCCCUUGCUCAACAAGGAAAACCACCAAGUCCCAAACUGCUGGAGAAUUUCAUACAAGAGUUCCCAAAGCCUCAGCUAGGAGAGCCGAAGGAGCUUCAGAGUUUAAAGAUGCAGUCGGUUCAGGAGAGUCCCUUGAUCUUGUCCGUGACUCUGGCAGAGCUGUUGAAGAAGGACACCGUCAAAGUUGACCUCAUUCCCGAGAAGAAGGGACUGUUUCUUAAACAUGUGGAGUAUCAGGUCACCAGUGAGCGUUUUACAGGCUCAGUCUAUCGGCGAUACAGCGAUUUUGACGUCUUCCAUGAGCUCCUGCUUCAGAGAUAUGCUUACAGAGUCGUGCCGGCGCUUCCUCCCAAAAGAGCGUUGAAAGGAGUCCUGACCUCCAUGUCAGAGCGAGAGUUCAUUGAAGGGCGGAGACGAGCCCUGGGAAGGUUCCUAAAUCUUGUGGCGCGACACCCUGUCUUUUCCGAAGAUGAGCUUGUGAAAACAUUCCUCACCUUCAGUGGCUCGGAUGUCCAACCUAAGCUUAGAGAUGCUUGCAAAAAAAUGGGGGAUGAGUUCAUGACCUGUACAUAUGCAACGCUGGCCAAGGAUUACCUCCCAGCAGAUAUCCAAAGUCAGUUUUCGUCCUGCCGGGAGCUCAUCAGAAAUAUCCAUAACAGUUUUCAGAAGUUACGAGACCGGGCAGAGAGGAUGGCCGAGCGCUCAAAGGAGAACGCCACAGAUCUGCUGAUGUUUGGGAAGGAGCUCAGUUCUUUGGGAUCAGAUGAGUCCCCUGUGCCUGUCCUGGCGUCCUGCAAGAGUCCCUGGGCUGCUCUUAGACGCUCUGUCAAAGGGCUCUCUGUUGAGUUCUCACUUCUGUCUGAAAGAGCUGCCCAACAGGGCAGAAGAGAGGAGGAUGAUGUGGUGGAAAAACUAAAUCUGUUUCUGGACCUGCUGCAAUCGUACAGGGACUUGUGUGAACGGCACGAGAAAGGGGUCUUGCACGAACAUCAGCGAGCGUUACAGAAGUACGGUGUCAUGAAGAGACAAAUGCUGAGCGCCACCGUGCAGCCUAAAGAACAGGUUUCUGUAGAGCAGCUGGAGUCCCGCAUCGUCCAGCAAGAAAACGCCAUUCAGGUCAUGGAGCUGCGCAACUACUUCUCCCUGUUCUGCCUGCACCAGGAGAGCCAGCUCAUAUUCACAUACUUGCCCAUCACAUCUCUCAUCCUGGGGGCAUUUGUAGACUCACAGGUGCUGGGACAUAAAGAUAUGGGUGAGGUGUGGCAAGAUCUUCAUUCCAAGCUCAAAAGUCUUUUCGGGGACGGUAAUGGGCAGUCUCCGCCUCUCAGCCCAAAAUAACCUCCCUUCUGUGCCUUCAGAAUCUCAAGAAGACAAUUAACUCUAGCCUGUUUUGAAUUGCAGGAUCUCUACAGGAGUUACAGACAGUCAAUAUUAAAAGCACCUUGCAAUGAAUAUUGGAAACUGUGUAUGUUCAUGCAGCAGAUCUUAAAAUAUCACUGAGGUGAAGAAGGCCCUCAAUUUCCUACAGUUUGAGCGAAUGGACAGCUAAAAUAACUGGCUAUGCUGUUGUGAAUCAUUUUAGGAGGACACUGCACUGUGUGUUUUACAUGUAGCCUAUGCAAAGAUGAUGUUGCUGUUUUGAAAUUUAAGCUACUCUGUACAAAAAAAAACUCAAGAAUAACACAUGACAAAAUAGCUAUUCUAGAUGCUACUUUAGGUGUAAUAAGAAAUGAGCUGAGAAGCUAAUAGAUACAUAUCAGAUAUGGUAAAUAUUCAGAGAUUAUGCUAUUAGUUGCAGGCACUGUAUUAUUAUUUGUUUGUGGUUUCAGCUUCUAGCCUCUGUUGUGUAUUUUGUAAUCUGCACUCCAUGUGCUUCCAUCUUUGUUUUCAUCAUUUUUAAGGAAUGGCUGUAGGCUACACUACCAUUCAAAAGAGGUAUUUUAUUCAUUUCAUUUAUUUCUUCAUUUUUCAGCAAGGAUGCAUUAAAUUGAUCAAAAGUGCCUGUAAAGACAAAGCGCAAAGACAUUGAUUUAUGUAAUCAAAGAAAUAGACAACACAACUUUAUAAAAAGUUGACAGUAUUGCCAUCACAGGAAUCAAUUACAUUUUAGAAGAAAAUGAUAUAGAAAACAGUUAUUUUAAAUGGUUUUAAGUUAUGCAGCCUUGAGCAUUUCAAAAACAUUACCGUGAGGUAUUCGAAGUUGAACGGUAGUGUAGGCAGACUAUAUACGUGAAAUAUACCUAUAAUUAAUUGUUAAACUGUUCUGUAAAAUGUAACUAACUGUUCUGUAACUAAGUCUGAGCCUAGAUCGAGAGCAUCUUGAAAUGAAGCAAUAACUACCAUUAGCAUGAAAUUAUUAGCCGCUAGCUGCUCUACAGCCUACACCGAAGACCUGUUUUCAGUCAUUUGAUAAAUCACAAAGGUCUGCAAUUCACGGACUGUUUUUGUAAGAACUUUACUUUGAAAUAUGUCUGCCAAUUUUUCAUGUUUUAUUGACACAUUGUUGUUGGUUGAUAACGCAUGUAUCAUGCAUAUUUUGUCUUAAUUGUUUUACAUUCUAGUAAACUCAUUUGCAGAGCUUA